AUGGGCCGUGGGGUGAAGGGGAUGCUGAGUCCCGGAGGCUCCAAGGCGCACUACGGUUUGGCCCGCGUUCUACCACGGGUGCCAGAACGGAAUGUAGGCUUAAAGCAAGAAGCAGAUGUGAGGACUUUGAAUUCAGUGCAGCCUGCAAAUCUUGCAGAGACUGUUCAGUCAUUCCCAGAAGUCAAGCAAGAAAUGGAGAGAGGGACACUUGAUCAUCACCAAACUACAUAUAGAAGUGUAGCAGAAAGUGCCCAUUUAGUCCCAGAAGAUAUGAUCAAGCAAGUAGCAGAGAGAGGGGCAUCAAAUCCUCUCAGAACAACGGUUUGGAGUGCAGCAGAAGGUGUUCAGUCAGUCCCAGAAGAUAUGAUCAAGCAAGUAGCAGAGAGAGGGCCCAGAGGGGCAUCAAAUCCUCUCAGAACAAUGGAUAUGAGUGCAGCAGAAGGUUUUCAGUCAGUCCCAGAAGAUAAUGUCAAGCAAAAAGUUCAGAGCAGGACCUUGAGUUCACUGCAUUCUGUAGAUAUGUGCAUAGAAACAACCCUAGGACAUACUAACAAGCAAGAAAUGGAAAGUAAGACCUCAAAAUCUUUGCAACAUACUGAACAGAGUGUAGAUGAAACUGCCCCAUCAGUCCCAGAACACAUUAGGCAAAAAGCAGAGAGUUGGACCUUACAUACUUCGCCAACUCCAAAUAGAAGCUCAACAGAAACUAUUCAAUUUGUUGAAGGAGUUCUCAUCAAGCAAGAGGUUUAUAGCAAUGCCAUUCAUUACCUGUCACCCAUGAAUGAAUUCAUUCCAUCAGUCAUAGAAGUUCUCAUCAAGGAAGAAGCAGAGGCCUUUUCAACAGUUGGAGAGGAAAUCGAUCAGUUACCCCUCAAAAUCAACAUCAAGCAAGAACCUAAAGAAGAAAGUGAAGAGGAAGGUGUUCCAUCAUGUCUAGAAGGUAAAAUCAAUCAUGAAGUAGAUAGUACAACCCAUAAUCCUGUGUCAAGUACUGAUGGAGACAAGGAAUCUGAACAUCCCGCAUCAGAAGGUGAUAUUGUUGACAACGGACAAGAGACGGUAGAUCGUGGAAUGUCAAUCAACAGUGGAGGUAAAUCUCAUCUUUGCUCACAUUGCGGCAAGGUGUUUUCCACAAAAGAUCAACCCGACAUUCAUCUGAGGAUACAUUCUGAAGAAAAGCUACAUCAGUGUCCAUGUUGCAGUAAGAGAUCAUGUCAGGCCAGUCAUCCCCUUCUCCACUUUAGACCACAUGCAGGAGAAAAGCCAUAUGAAUGUUGCUAUUGUAAGAAAAGGUUUUCUUUGAAAAGUGCUCUAAAUCUUCAUCUCCGAACACACACAGGAGAAAAGCCAUAUGAAUGUUGCUAUUGUAAGAAAGGAUUUUCACAGAAAAAUGAACUCAUUCGUCAUAUACUAAUACAUACAGGAGAAAAGCCAUAUGAAUGUUCACACUGUAAGAAAAGUUUUUCUCACAAAGGUAAUUUCAUUAGACACCUACGAACACACACAAGAGAAAAAUCAUAUGAAUGUGGCUAUUGUAAGAAAGGGUUUUCUCAGCAAAGUGCUCUCACCCAACACCUCAUAACACACACAGGAGAAAAGCCAUAUGAAUGUUCUCACUGUAAGAAAAGUUUUUCUCACAAAGGUAAUUUCAUUAGACACCUACAAACACACACGGGAGAAAAGCCGUAUGAAUGUUCACACUGUAAUAAAGGGUUUUCUGAGAAAAGAAAUCUCACCCAACACCUCCGAACACACACAGGGGAAAAGCCAUAUGAAUGUUCACACUGUAAGAAAAGUUUUUCUCACAAAGGUAAUUUCAUUAGACACCUACGAACACACACAAGAGAAAAAUCAUAUGAAUGUGGCUAUUGUAAGAAAGGAUUUUCUCAGAAAUAUGUACUCAAUCAACAUAUACUAAUACAUGCAGGAGAAAAGCCAUAUGAAUGUUCACACUGUAAGAAAGGAUUUUCACGGAAAAAUGAUCUCAAUCGUCAUAUAGUAACACAUACAGGAGAAAUGCCAUAUAAAUGUUGCUAUUGUAAGAAAGGAUUUUCACAGAAAAGUAUACUCACUCAACAUAUACUAAUACACACAGGAGAGAAGCCAUAUGAAUGUUCAUACUGUAAGAAAGGAUUUUCUCAGAAAAGUACUCUUCACCGUCAUCUCCGAACACACACAGGAGAAAAGCCAUAUGAAUGUUGCCAUUGUAAGAAAAGAUUUUCUCAGAAGAGCGUACUCAAUUGUCAUCUACUAACACAUACAGGAAAAAAGCCAUAUGAAUGUUCAUACUGUAACAAAGGGUUUUCUCAGAAAAGCUAUCUCACCCAGCACCUCCUAACACACACAGGAGAAAAGCCAUAUGAAUGUUGCUAUUGUAAGAAAGGAUUUUCCUGGAAAAAUAAUCUUCAAUGUCAUCUCCGAAUGCACACAUCAGAAAAGCCAUAUGAAUGUUCACACUGUAAGAAAAGUUUUUCUCGCAAAGGUAAUUUCAUCAGACACCUACGAACACACACAAGAGAAAAAUCAUAUGAAUGUUGCUAUUGUAAGAAAGGAUUUUCUAAGGAAAGCCAUCUUACCCUACACCUCCUAAAUCACACAGGUGAAAAGCCCUAUGAAUGAUGCUAUUGUAAGAAAGGAUUUUCCCAGAAAAGUGUACUCAAUCAACAUAUUACGGAGCCCGGGAAGGGACAUGGUAAAAAUAUUUUUAUCUCGUUAAAACGAGAUAGUUAUCUCGUUUUAAUGAGAUAGUAU